AUGCAGUGGUAUGCUACACUGAUAGACAAGAAAAACAGUCUUCUUGCCAAUUAUUUGAAUCAAAUAAGGCUUUCAUUUACUGAUAUUCAAGAAAACGAUGUGGAAAUGAGUAGCCCUGAAGAUGAGGGUCCAGCUCAUGGUGGGAAUCAGUCUGCAGCAGGUGAGGCAGAUAACCAGGGAAGGCCAAGUGAGUACUUGCGGUCACAUUGUCCACUCUGUUUUGGAGGAAAAGAUUGGAAAAAAACAGAAGAUCUGGUGGACUUCAUUGUAUGCUUGGAUGCAUGCUUCAAACAAAAGUCAAGAAAGGCACAAGGCAAAGAACCACCAGCCCCUCGCCAGCAUCCUGAGACUAUUUUUAUCUCCUCAGCUGAUGUCAAGUCCAUGGAAGAUAAGGUAGAAACAGUCCGUCCACAGGGCAAACCAAAAGGAAGAGAUACUACUAAGCAGACAGCUCCUUCAGAUGCUGAUGCUGAUCACUGUGAACCUGGGAUCCAAGUUCCUAACUCUGUGUUGAACAUGUGUGAAGACUCUUUUACUGCUGCAGAUGAGAAGAGAGUCAAAGCUAGUACUCAGUUUUUCUCAGAUACUGGUAUAAUGGCUCUGCUCUGUUGA